CUCCACGCACUGUCCUCAUCAUAGUCAUCACUUAUCCCUCACAGCACUCCUCUUUCUAGUCGCUCCUCCUCGCGCGACGCCGGCUACCCCGUCUCCCAACACUAACGAUCCCCCACCUUCCCCGUCGCCUAUUGCUCACGACCCCCACCUCAGCUGUUGCUUCGACACCAGGUGCUGUAUUCAGCCUUUUUUUGCUGUAUUUAUCACAUCUACCUAUUGUCGAACAACUCUGACAAGUUAGCAGUAAAACUCCAAGAAACUGCAGUGGGAGAAAGAGGAGAGAAGGAGAUUCCCCUCUACCAGGGACAAGAGAAAGAGUUCAGAAACUUCAACGUUAAAUGCAAUUUUGGAACUUAUUUUCCUUCGCAAGUAUCUAGCAGACAUUGCAAGCAGUCAUGGCGUAUGGUAAAACAGCCAGUUCUGAGUUUGAUCAGAUUUUGGUUCAAGAUAAACAAUCCGUGCAAACAGUAAUUCUGAACCGACCGAAGCAAUUGAAUGCACUUUCCUACCAAAUGAUUUCUCAGCUAUUGGAACUUUUCCAGGCCUACGAAAACGAUUCUAGUGUCAAGCUGGUUCUCUUAAAGGGAAAUGGAAGAGCAUUUUGUGCUGGAGGUGACGUUGCCACUGUGGUUCGUGAUAUUAGUGAAGGUAAUUGGAAAUUAGGUGCAAACUUCUUCGAGAAAGAGUUCAUCUUGAAUUAUAUCAUGGCGACAUACAGAAAACCGCAGGUUUCAAUUCUUAAUGGGAUUGUCAUGGGAGGUGGAGCUGGUGCAUCAAUUCAUGGUAGAUUUCGCAUCGUAACUGAAAAUACGGUUUUUGCAAUGCCUGAAACGGCUUUAGGACUCUUUCCAGAUGUUGGUGCAUCCUAUUUCUUGUCAAGGUUACCAGGAUUCUUUGGUGAAUAUGUUGGCCUCACUGGCACAAGGUUGGAUGGUCCUGAAAUGCUUGCAUGUGGCCUUGCAACUCACUUUGUUCACUCCAAGCAAUUGCCUUUGUUGGAGAAAGAGCUUUGUGAGGUGAACAUAGAUGAUCCAUUAAAUAUUUGUAAGAUCAUUGAUAAAUAUGUGGAGGUACCUAUUCUGAAAGAGAAGAGCGCUUAUCGAGAGUUGCAUAUUGUUGACAAGUGCUUUUCAUGCAGAACUGUGGAAGACAUCUUAUCUUCUCUCGAGAAUGAAAAUGCUGAGAGAAGCGGUGGUUGGAUUUCUGCAGCAAUAGAAUCACUGAAGACAGCAUCUCCAACAAGUUUGAAAAUCUUUCUUAAAUCGAUCAGAGAAGGAAGAUUGCAAGGAGUUGGCCAAUGCCUUAUGCGUGAGUAUAGGAUGGUUUGCCAUGUCUUGCGAGGACAAGUUAGCAGAGAUUUUUCCGAGGGUUGUCGGGCAAUCUUGGUUGACAAAGACAAAAAUCCCAAGUGGAGUCCCUGUCGGUUGGAUCUGGUCACUGACGAUAUGGUGGACCAUUAUUUCUCUAGAGUGAAUGGUGAAGAAUGGACGGAUCUUAAGCUUCCGGCAAGGUCGAACUUGCCUGCAUCAGCUAUGGCUAAGCUCUAGAUAUUCAAGUAAUAGGAAUGUCAGCAGGCGAUGGAGAUAUGUAAAAUGCGCUGAAAUUAACGGGUUGGAGACUGCACCAACCAGUUUCUUAAAUGAAAAAGGUGUAAAGUCUUGGAAAUGUUAUAUAAUUUUAUACUGUUUGAAUUGAUGAAGAAAAUAUCAUCUAUACAUAUAUUAAAAGGCGUGCGUAACAA